CCCUUUUGGCAUGCGCUGCGUUUCAGGCUUUGAUCCAUGCUUCUCCGUCCGCAGAUCGCCCCCUUGAAGAUGUCUGGUCUACACGCUGUGUUGAUUACGCCCUAAUAUUUGAGCAGUCAACGGCUGCGCAGAUGGCUCGCUCGCUCAACCUCUCCUCCACGCAGGACGGUAGACCUACGGCUCGACAGGCCUAAUCUAUAAAUGAGAGCUUGGGUUUGCAAAUGCCUUCUCAUGCUGUUUGGUGGCCUGAAGGGUGUAGUAUAUGUUAAGGCAAUGUAUUCUGGAAUGACUGUUAGCUUGCCUUUCAUCAUGUACUAUCCCUAAAGCGAGCAUAUAGAUAUUAUCGUUAGAGGCACGCUGCAUUUAACCAUAUUGCCUCAUCGCAAUAAAGCAUUACAUUGCCGCAAACACACCACCACGCCCGAGUCGCAGAACAGAAGUCAAAGACAACCACAUAACUUUCACCAUGGUGUUCACAAUGCCACUAUCACGGUACCGACAGCAACCCAAAUGGCGACGCGAAUUUGUCGCAAUCGUUAGGCAGCUCAGACAGGUCCCGCGGCUCAUCGGUCAGCGACAUCAAGUCCAUAAGCGGCUGAGGAACGAAGUCACAAUCCUUCAAGUCACCAGGCCGCUGGCUCAAGGAGGUAUUUGCUGGCUCAAGGAGGUAUUUGCUGGCUCAAGGAGGUAUUUGCUGGCUCAAGGAGGUAUUUGCUGGCUCAAGGAGGUACUUGCUGGUGAUCGCGAGCACCAAGGCGACGAGCCAGUCGAGGCGCAGCGCGAACGCACGAAGACCUGCCGGAUGCUUAGCACGGAGUGUGACUAUGGCUGCCAGUACGUCGAUGUUGGCGAGUUCGUUGGCAGGUAGAGAUACAUCCUUGAGCUCCUGGCUGGGUUAAUCGUAAGUUGCACCAGAAUUUGGCUUGUACGGGAUGGCGCGGUACUGGACGCCGCCAUAUCCUAGCGCUGGGGGGUUGGUGGUGUGAGAACGUUGGAAUCUGGGGUGGA